CCGAUAUUACAAGUGAGUUUUAAAUAUCGCGAAAAGAUCAGCAGCGUCAACCUGAUAGGACAAUGUGUGUUUUAAAGGUUUGUGCCUUUGCAGCAUUGCAGAAUGGAUUUGUAAACGCUGCAUUCUCAUGGGGUGAUCCGGUGAUACAGACAGUCGGCAGUCCUUCUUACGCAUAUUCCUUCAACGGGCAUGGGGAAUACGUGUUCCUGAAAUCAGAGAAUGGACUCGAAAUACAAGCACGUCUGGAUUACUUGGUACACGAGAUUACUGAUUCCACAAUAUUCACGGCGUUUACAUUCACGAAUCAUCACGUCAACGAAACCGUUCAAAUCGAAUUCGAUAGAGCUUCGAAGCACAUUUCACUAUUCUUAAAUAACGGAACUCUGUGGAAGACAUCGCCCAACUGUACGAUUGGACCUCCUAUACGGACUUUCGGAUUCAUGCUGGUUUGCUUGCGACCGCCUGUAGAUGGAUUUCACAUAGCACCAAUUAUGUCAUUGAACAACAUAUUAUUGGAUGUGAUGACCGAUGGAGAGUUCAUGAAUAUAAAAGUGCUUGCUCAUCCACCACUUAUGAACACCACAGGGUUGGCGGGAAAUGUUCAUGAUAGCUUUUAUGUGUCAAAGAACGCAACGAAGUUCCCGGUGAAUACCACCGAAGAUGACAUGUUCGACUAUGGCGAAUCAUGGUAUCUUAGAACUCAACCUAACUUGUCGCAGUUCAACUACAAUUUGACAGGGGGCAAUUUCAGUUACUUCAACGCAUUUUCAAAGCCACGUUUUCUUCAACAUCUUCUCAACAAUACAACAGCAUUGUUUGAGAAAUGCAAUGUCACAAAUGUGGAAGAAAUGACAGGUGUAUGAAAGAACAAAUGGGACAGUUUGUUCAACGAAGAAUGCAUGCUGACCAUGGCGAGAACAUGUAACAAGUCCCUUGCAGAGGCCAUACACAAAGAAGUUGAACGACAGCACGAAGAUCUCAUGAGAAAAAAAAAUAGACCUCCAAGCUUUCUAGAUUCUAUGAUCAAUUCGACGACGAUAUACAACGGGAACUCUUCUUGGGUAUUGAACUUGACAAAUGCUAUUUUUGACGAAAUAAUGACUGAACUGCGGUUCGAAGUGGAUCCGUUCAUAUCAGACGAAAUGAAAAUAGGUAAAUACAUAG